AUGAUCCCCUCAAAUGAGAAAGACUUACUACGUCUUGGAGCCAUGUCUUUCUCCAUUGACCUCGACGAUGGCGAGGAGCAGUACAUUGAACAGAUACAGUCUCUUCGUCGCCAACUAGCCCAGGGCGAAUAUAUCGAGAGUGUCGGCACGCUAGCACCUCAGGUCCCAACAGGCGGUACCCUUAGCUUCUUCGAUGUCAACUUAUCAGGCAGUAUUGGCGGCUCGCAUUACCGUGUCACGUUGAGGUUUCGAAGUGACAACCUCUAUUUGGUCGGUUGGCGCCGACCAGACACCAAUGUCUGGUACGAGCUAGGCCAUGAGGGUGGAGGCGCCGCCAUCAUCCGAGACAGAGGCGUAGAGACGCAGCUGUUGACGCUCAUGGAGAACUACGUCGACCUGACACGAGUCGCAGGCUUGGAACUUGACGACGUUCCUCUCAGUGUUCAGCGCAUCGGUGAAGCUCUGAGGACCCUCGCCACCACAGAGAUAACUAGCAGGACCAACUUGGAGCCCGUCGCGCGAGCUGUCAUCACCAUGGCCUUUACCAUUGCUGAGUCGUCAAGGCUCCGGUCCAUCUCUGACCUCAUCCACAGGGCUUGGUGGAGAGAGUCUGCCCCGGGACCGCACUACGCCAGCCAGGUGCGUAGCUGGGCUCGCCUCUCCAAUGCUGUUCAGAGAACCCGCAAUGAGGGCCACACUUGGGAUUUUGAAGGGGAUUCGACCAACAUCUGGAGCUUCGUCGAUGCGAUUCGUGCCCUUGGCAUCAUGCAUCUAGUCUCCACAGCAAGGCCACACCGCUCAGUACGUUCUGUCGCUGAUGAGGACAACAACUCCCAGAUGGCGACCUCGAACACAACUACGUGGGCCCAAGGACAGCCACUGCUUGAAAUUUUUCAUGUGCGCAUCAACAACAUCGACAGCGAGGACCCGGGCCAACUGUAUGGCACCGUCCGCGUUGUUGACAGCAUCGGCACGGCAUCCAUUUGGGCCAGGGCCCAGCAUGACUACAUUAGCAUCAAGCCUGGCGAUCUCGUCCUUCUCGAGGGCCCCGAUCGAGCCUUGACCGCAGCGGACGAGCUCAGCAUCCAACUUGAUCUGUGGGACUAUGACUCUUUGUCCCCCGACGAUGCCAUUGCCCAAGGAACCGUUCAAUUCAACCCCUUCGACUACUACACGCAGUACGAUAGUACUCAAAAUCGCCAAGUGAACGGCGAGUAUGGCUCAGUGGAUGUGAGCUACGUAGCAAUGAGCGACGCCCUCUACGCGCAGAUUACAGUUGUCCUGAUUAACGGGGAUGACGAGGACCCAGCUAAUGUGUAUGGCGACAUCUACACCAACAACGGAUACGGACACAGCCAACUCUUCCAGAAGGGCCGGAAGGAGUACGUCAACGUUUCACCUCUAAGCCGGAUCCCUCUUGUGAGGGGUAUCGUGGCUGUGCCUACGGACGGCUCGUUAGUUAUUACGGCGAAUCUUUGGGACUACGACUCGCUCAGCCCUGAUGAUGAGAUUGCUGCGGGCGAGGCAAAUUUUGACCCGUUGUAUAGGAAAUCGGAGAACAAGCAAAUCAAUGGGGCUUAUGGCAAAGUCGACGUUCAGGUAACCUGGUUGUAA